UGAUUAAAGCGGGGGCGAAUAUAGAAUGUAUAGACAAUGGGGGGAAUACUCCAAUCAUCAUCGCCUCGACUAAUGGACACCAAGAGGUGGUGGAUCUAUUGAUUAAAGCGGGGGCGAAUAUAGAAUGUAUAGACAAUGGGGGGAAUACUCCAAUCAUCAUCGCCUCGACUAAUGGACACCAAGAGGUGGUGGAUCUAUUGAUUAAAGCGGGGGCGGAUAUAGAAUGUAAAGGCAAUGGCGGGAAUACUCCAAUCAUCAUCGCCUCGACUGAAGGACAUAAGGAUGUGGUGGAUCUAUUAGUUAAAGCGGAUGCAAUUAUUGAAGUCAGUAACUAUGAAAACGACACUCCGAUUGUUUGCGCAGCUAGACGGGGUUAUGUUGAAAUUGUAGAUGUUUUGUUGAAAGAAUGUGCUUGUUCCAGAAGUUCUAGUUAUGGAUUGAUAUUAAAUAUCGGUGCAACGUUUGGUCGACGACGGGUCGUUGAAUGUAUUUUGAGACGCGGGAUGUCAUUAGAAAUCCGUGACUUGAAAGGAAACACCCCACUUCAAAAUGCAAUCAUAAAGGGUCAUCUCUCAGUGGUCCAACUCCUAAUAAGGAGUGGAGCAGAUACAUCCACAUCAAACUUUUCGUCGGAGAGUAUUAUAUAUUCUGCUGCUUCGUGUGGCCAUGCCGAUAUCGUAAAAUACUUGGGAAGCAGUGAUGCACGGAAGUUAUUGGAUUUGCCCAAUGCCAGUGGGUGGUCGCCUAUUGCCAAGGCAGUUUCAGGUGGUCAUUUUCGGACAGUUAGACAACUUCAUCAGCUUGGAGCUGACAUGAACUGCAGCGUAAAUGGAAAAGGACUGCUUCAUCUAGCAGCUGAGUCCGGUUGCCUAGAUAUCUAUCAAUAUCUUAUCAUCGCUGGGCUUGACUGCAAACGACCCAACAUCCAUGGAUUGAAGGCUUAUGAAUGCUUCCCCUUUCAAUCAAAACUUAAUUAUCAAGCAAGCAACCGAUUAGGACAUUCCUCCGAACAAAGUCUCUCUUACGUCAUGUCGCGAUUAAAUGAGCAAUAUGCUACACCCGCGUAUAGAUACAAACUUUCAGAACUAUCGGGUGUACUGGGACUAGGCAGCGUGAAUAUUAUCGAGGGUGGUGUUUCAGAAACUAUCAUGGGGUUUGUAAGGGAGAAGGAGGUUAUUAAGGGUUUAGAGUUAUGCGGAAGUUCGGCUGAGGGCACGAAGGUUCAGCUGCCUGAUGAAAUGGACUUCCUUAGAUUGGUACCUUCAAAUCAUUUCUCUCGAAACGAAAUGGUUGACAACUUACAUGGAUAUAAGUUUAUACAAAAUAAAACAAUUAAGAUCAGGUUUUUAUCAAGUAAAGCACUCCAUGAGAGUGCAAGCCAAAACCUAGAAUCUAGCGCAAAAGCCCAAGAGUCUAAAAAAAGCGGAGAAAUCCUUUUGCAGGCAGUUGCUGGAGGAGGCGGUGCCAGUGUUCCUGUGACUAUUAGAUGGCCCGAUGAUAAACCUUCAAAACGCAUUGUCUCAGAGCAUAUAGUAACAACCUUACCUGUAGAUGAUUGGCCCGAUGAUUGGCAAGAGGAUUGGUCCGAUAAUGCACUACAGAACGGAGAGUCUGAAAGUGAGGUAACGGCGGACGUUUGUGUUUAUCAACGGACUGGAUACAUCUUAUCUCAAGCUGAUGUUAGAAGAGGAUUGGCCAGUGUUCCUGUGACUAUCAAAAGGCUUGAAAAUAUAUCAUCCAGUCUCCUUAUCUCUGUGGAUAUAGUACCGAUAUUUCAUGUUGAUGAUUGGCCAGACGAUGCUAUCAAGAAGACCUGGCGAAUGGACGAGGACACCUUGAGGAAGAGUGGGUAUAGGCUGGUCCUGAAACCGCCACACAAGGACAGUGAGUACGGACGGUUGCUACCCGAGGAAGACAGAGAAAGAAUGUUGCGGAUCUCCUUCUCUCAUCUAGAACCUGUCACAAUCGCACCUUUGGAUCCAAGAAUCAAAGACGCAUACAUCACAGCAAAGUGUCUGAGGUCACCUAUGGCAUGUGGCGUUGUGAUUAGAGACACGAACGGCGUCAUACAUUUCGUCAGUCACUUCCUUACAAGCUACCUCCUGAAGACAGUCUUCCUCCAUAACAUAGACGACUUCCUUGAGACAAACAGGAGCCUGCCAGAGAUGGUCUACAUCAUCUACAGCCAACUUGAGGAGUACCUCGGCAAGGGCAACCUACCGUUCUACUGGCAGCCCAGCGUCAAUCUGCUGGAAGGCUUGAAACUCAACAUAGCCAAGUCUCAUCAAGUCGCCAAGCUGAUGAAGGCAAUCGUCGGUAGGAUGUCCCGCCUGGAGCGUGGUGAUGAGAACCAUGGUGACGACGCGAGGGAAGAUGGGCCAGGCAUUGAAGCCGCUGAUGACGAGCCUGACAUAGGUUGUUACAUCGUCGAAUUAGAAUAGCGAGCAAGUAAUCUUCACCCCGAUGAACACUUUGUAUGCGAGACGGAUGCUCCGGUGUAACCACAUCUAUGGUUAUUCCCUGGCCUCACCCGGCCCCGCCAGUUCAAACCACGAGAGUGCAUGUGUGCGAGUUGGGCCGACGCGACAGGCGCAGCGGUCGGAGAGAGUCUCUGGCAGGGUAUCUCGGACUUUGGUUCGACAUCGAAAGCCUCAAGUGCGUCAGGACCUUCAAAGCCAAGUGGUAGGGAAUUCGUUCUUGAAAUGACACCGGGCUCAAAAUUGCUGCUAUGUUGACUUCGAGAGAGAGAAUGGUGAGAGAUCGUGUGGUGUACAAAAAACAAGCACGACCGUAACAUUUUAGAAAACUUCUGAAAUUAUUCAGACCCCCUCCACCUCUUACACCUCCCCGUUAUUCAGAGAUGGAAUUGCAAAACUGUAGACUUUCCGAGGUUGGGGACACAUCACGGAGAUGAUAUACCAAAUGUUCACCACUUCUGAAAAAAAGUAUCAGAACUUUCAGAUUUUGGUAAAAAAUGCACCCCCUAAUUUUAGAUGAUUUCUGAAGUUUUACAAUCUAUUUUCUACUUUUAACUAUGAAAUUGAUACAAAGGCGACACAUUGGCAUUGUUCAUCCCGAUUGAGUUGAAUGAUGGAUGGCAUCCAACGACAAUGCGUAUGAUAUCUACAGGGGGCUUGGCUUACAUAUCCAGACACUCUCAGAUCGGUAUUAUGACAUAGGAAGUUGGAUGUUGCACUCAAUUCCUUUCAUAGUACUUAUGAGUUACUUACACCCUUUGAUAUGCUGACUGCAUGGGUGAACAAAGGUAUGGACUGGUAUAUCUUGUAUUGACAUGUUAACUUGUAUUGAUAUUGUAAUUGCAUGAGGUAGGGUAGCUACCUUAUAACCUUAAUAUCCUUAUGUAUUGAAUUGUAUAAAUUGUAUUGUCAAGUAUUUACAUGUAUAAACUUGUAUCGACUUAUAUUGUACUAUGUUCGGUGUAACUUUUUAUAAUUAUGUGUGUAACAUUAUUAUAUGGUAGAAGUCAGAAGGCCUAGAGAUUGCAAGCUGUUUGAAGCCAGUCUAUUACUAUCAUAACAUUGUAUUGCAAGAGAGUCACAUUCAUUAUUUCCUAUAUUUUGUGAGUAACAUUUAAGAGUGUGAAGCCUGGUAGGCCCUGUCACAAGUUCUAAAUGAUCAAGUGAUUACGGUUUUAUGUACGCUUGUAAUGACUCUCAUUACAGAAUGACUGCAAGCUUGUGGAUGGAUAUAGAUUGAAUACUCGUUAAGGUGAAACUAUAGUGCCUCCAUGUUGCCAGUCAACAAGAAUUCAUCCAAAAUAUCCACAAACUGGUAAAAGUGUUACUCGGAGAACAUAAUAGUUUGCGUUGCCACCGAACAACAUGUUAUAUGCCAAAGACAAGCAAAUGCUUUUACUUCAAUUUUGUGCAGAAAGGUUUUGUGUACAUGUACAGUACAUAUAGCGUUUUAAAUAAAAUCACCCGCCAGUCUCUUUCAUAUCAGCCAUUAUCUUGUCCUAUUUGUUGGUGUUUGAAUCCGGUGUUCCUAAUACAUUAACAUAAUAAAGAGUGAGUAUAUAGUUUCACCUUAAGGGUUGACAAUAGGUAUCGCCAUUUUGUCGAGUCCUCCAAAUCCUAAAGUCUUUAGAGCUCUUUCAAAACAUAGUGAAAGCUCAUUUCAAGGGCUGGAGUCUGUUUAUUGCUUUCCAGAGAACAGCUUCCAGUCCAGGGUUUCAAAUGAGCAUUCACUACGUUUUGAAGGAGUUCUAAUUGCCUUUUGAUUGCACGUUCUAGCCAAAAUGGCGGUACCUAUGGUCAACCCUUAAUCUUAGUGCACCUUCAGCUUUCCAACAAUUGUUUGGGUGUCUUUUUAGACUUCGAACUAUUUUGAGUUUCUCUCUAACGUUGUUUAAGGCAACUGGCUGGUCUUAAUGACUGAUCAUAAAAUUCAGUUUUAUUUAUGCUACAUGUGUAUCUUUUUCCAAUAUAUGUACCGUUUAGAUAUUCGCCUUAGUGGCGAUUUUUACGUGACCGUAAUGAGACCUUAGAAGGCUAUUCUAACGUGAAUUAUUUUGGCCGAUACGCGAAUUUGUUAUGAAAGAUAAUUAUUUGAUGAAGGUUGAAAAGAUUUUAUGGCGGUAAAGGCUGGGUAAUGACUGGUAAUGUAGUGAGUGGGUUAACGUGACAAAACAACUGCGACUUGAUCACUCAUUGCAACCAUUCCAGCGAAGUGUCCUUGCGAACCAUAUGCAAGUUAUUGUAAACAUUUUCAGUGAGAUUUUGAUUUUUGAAGGCCCAGGUGUCCUUGGUCGAAGUUGCUCAAUGCAAAUCUCCUUUGAUUCAGAGUUUCCUAAUGAGAAUUUCAUCAUGGCAUGUGUAAAAAAGAGGUAGUCGCUGUGAAUGGUUGAUUUUGGGUUGUAAACAAUGGUUUUUGUGCCAAACAGGUGGGUUUUGGGUGGAAAGAUUUGUUAGGAUACAAAUCCGGUGUUUUAAAAACUUGAAAGUGGCAAGAGUGGUUUUAUUAAAGUGGUUUGGUGUUAUUAGAUUUACCUUAGUAAAAUUUCAGUUCGAGAUAAGACCACCAUUGAAUAUUCAUAGGUUGCAGUAUUCAGACCUAUCAACGAGAAGCUUUUCCGAUUAUCUUUAGAAAUCCGCAGUCAACGACCACUUUAAUUUCCACAAGUUUGUCGCCAGACUGUCCGAAAUAUCAUAUCCACAUCUAAGAUUCAAUUCUGCCCGCAGUAAUUGGUGCGACGUGGGCAAACUUUGGCAAAUGAACUGAUGAAAGUCUUUAACAAAUCAAUGGUGGUUUUGCCUCGUUGGACGAACGAGUCCUUCAGUUCUCACCCCCUAUUCUAGUAGGCGCUGUCUACCCGGCUCAACACUUGCGACAGGCGACACUUCAAAAAAAAAGUCCUGGCUUUACUGUGUGUUUCUGAAUCGAAGUCCGUUGCGAUUAUAUUUUAUAGUUCGGCUAAUUCAAGCCAUUAUAUGUGUACAUGUAAUCAUGUGCAAUUUCGCAAAUCAUUUUGAUUACAGUUCAGUAAUGCACAGAUAGAGGGAGAUAUUGCAUGUAAAUGGAAUGUUCAUAAAAUUCGUGUCCGUCUUCAAGCAAUAAGACUUGAAUUAUGGUUAGACGCUUUAUGUCAUUCGGUACAGAUUCAUCCUAACCGGUGUAGAAGUAGAAAAUGUCCGAGGGAAAAACCAUCCACCCUAUUGUAUUUUGUCAGAUUAUGGUAUUAUGGUUCUUUCGGUGACAUUACCGUCAAUAGGUCAGAGAUUAAAGAGCAUAAUAGAAUCCUUUGCUCCCCCGGAAAUUCUAUCCUGGGACAUUUCAAACUUCUACACCGGACUCAUUGAAAACACUCAUGUCUCGAUAUCGAUAUGAGGGCGGUUCAUGCGGGGGGGGGGGUUGUCUCAGAUGUUCCUAUCUCUUUGAUACUCUCUGUAGUCAAUGUGAGCCUUAGAGGCAGCACGUACUUGGAUAUCACUAUGUAUGUUUAUUGUUGCUUUUGCGCUGUUUAGUUUAGUUAUCAUGCUGUUUGUAUUCUUAACAUGAGGGACAGUACUAAGUAUGUAUUCUAAAAUACCUUGGUACCGUAAAGUCAACUUUUAAAUGGAAAAUGCAUAAGCCUCGUUCUGAGAACGGAGUGUUUUGGACACGCAACCAAGAUGCUCUACCAAAGUUCCCUCGGGUUGCACUAAAAUGUGGAACCAUGCACACGUCACGUCAAUGGAAUUUCAGCUCACUUCAGAAGUUUGAGGCUCUCAAAACACUGCUUCAAACACAAAUCAGUCAAGGAAGCAUCAACCACCCUAAGUUUUUUAAUGAGCACUACACAUAUUUGCCGAGAAAAACGCUCCAAAUAGCCCAUUUGCGCGGAUUUUAGCAUCACUUGAGCGAGCCGAUGCGGACUUCCUAUGCGCGCUGUACAAAAUGUACAUGUCUCAUUUUCUAUAACGUUGCCGUAACAUAAUGUAAACAAUGGCGCUACCGGCGCUCCGGCCGGGCCGGCGAUGGAUGGAAUUUGCCAAAUUCGCACAUAUUCAAGUUAUUUUCGUGGCCUAUCUUUUUAAGUUUGAGGUAUUUUAGAAUAGAAAUUGAACCCUCGGCUUCGGACCUUGGUUGAGUUACCAAGACACUCUCGGAUGGAGCUAAAAUUUCAUCCAAACCCUCGCCUGUCGGCUCGGGUUUGGACUGUAUUUUAGCUCCACCCUCGAGUGUCUUGGUAACUCAACCAAGGUCCUCCGCCUCGGGUUCAAUUCCUUAAACCAUUAUGAUAGAUGUAUUUUAUCGACGACUAACUUUGAUGAGUUCGCUGAGUCCAUGUACUACUAAGUGUGAAAGCCUAUUUACGAGUGUCCCGUAAAUGGAUUCGCCCAGGAUUUGAUGAUACUACGUACAGACCUUCGUACCUCGUACUAUGUUGCUUAUAAAGAUUGCGAAACCUCCCUAUUAUUUCAAUAAUUAGAUUAUAGCCUGAGGCAAGAAA